AUGGCAAGCUACUUGGGUGUCGAUAUUUUACUUGUGAAGGGAACUGUGGAUGCAAACUUAAAGCUGUUGCUGGAAUCCGGUGGUAUUGUUGUGGUGGAACAUAUCCAGUACAGACUGCUUACAGUCCUGGCUGAGAAAGACAUGUCCAAAUUGGUGACAUAUGUGGAGAGUUGCUCCAGAGAGGACUUGUGUUGUCUGAAUGUAUCCACCCUGGAAUUGGCUGAUGACAACCUCAAGAAUUUCUUUGUUCUCAAACCAGUUGACAGAAGCAACAUGAUGUGGACUGUUGUGCUGAGUCACCCCUGUGAAGAUGAAGCCUGUCGCCGAGAGCAACAGGUGUGGAAAUGUGCAGCCUGUCUGUCAUCUGUUCUUCAAGGUCACGGUGUCAUCCCAGGUGAAGGACAAAGCGAGCUCCAACUGGCCAGAUGGUUGUCUGCUGGUGACACUCAACCUCCUUAUGCUGAUGACAACAUUUUGAAGUCUUUGGUAUUUGAGGAACUCGCUGCAGGAUUCAGAGAGUACCAUUCUUUGGUGCUCAGAAAUGCUGGGAUUUUGCAUGGCACUGAAAGAAAAGAUUAUCCAUCUUGUUUUUGUGGACAUUUCGCCAAAUCCGAGAAACCAAAUAGCAGUGUCAACAAACAAGAGUACCAAGACUGUCAGUUUAGCAGUCAUUGUACUUAUACCCAACCAGGUCAGUUUUCAUCGGACAAGAGUUGCAUGGAAGGCUGGAAUGACCAAUAUGUAAAUAAUGCCUUUUUAGAGUCCGUGCGUGAUCUUAGAAACAGCGACCAAUUGCUCUGUCCAAACUGCGGACUGUCCCAGCCGUCCAUUGUAAAUCCUAACCAUCCAUAUUUGGAUGACUUUGUCUCUAAAGCUAGAGCAUAUCAGUCAGCCCUAGAAACAGUUUGUCUGAUUCUUCAGUGUGAUUAUCACAUAACAACGGGUAUAUCAGCUCACUGUGGCCCAGAAGUAAAGACUGUUCUUUAGUUAUCACACAUUACAGGAGUAUCACAUAUACAUUGCAAGGAAGGGAAGAAUUUUCUUUUGUUAUCACAUAUCGACUGAUUCAUAUCAGCUCAACUCAACUCAACAUUGCUCAGAAACCAUGAAUGCUCUUUAGCAGUCUAAGUAAAUUUUCAAUCGAACUGUAAAGAACAAUUUUCAUACUUAGCUGCUGAUGUGGCAAAAGUUCGUAAGUUCAAGACAUGAAGAAGUCUUUGGUUAACUAGUAGGUAAAAGGAUAUCCUUGGUUCCCCAAAACAGUCUCUAUUGCCAAUUAAACAUGCUUUAUUAAACAUUUAAACAAUUAAAAAUCUGAUUCCCAACAUCUGAAUUCAUUUAAGCAUUUGUUUGGAGGAUAAAAACCUUUAAAUACAAAAGUGAAAACAAAUAUUUCAGAAGCAUCUUCAAAUGGUUUACCAAGUGUUGAGCUUACAUCAGGAUUGGGUUGUCUUUUGCUGACAGUAUUUCGUAGGACAAUUUAUUUUUCAUUACAUGUAUUCAUUUAUUUGUUUGAUUGGUGUUUUAUGCCAUAUUCAGAAUAUUUCGCUUAUACAAUGGUGGCCAGCAUCAUGGUGGGAAGAAACCGGGCAGUGCCCAGGGGGGACAGUCAUGGCCAUCCGCAUGUUUCAGACAGACCUGUCCACAUAUUGCCGGAGAGUAAGCGAGCAUGAGCUGGACUUAAACUCACAGCAACCUUGUUGGAUGUAAGUUUACAUUCAGUUGUAAAGUUGUAUAUGUAGAUCUAGAUUGUCUUAAAUGAGGCAGAUUAGAUUGUAGGUAUGAACUUUAGUAUUGCAAAAAAUGUUAUGUCUCAAAGCCAAAAAUACAGAAAACGUUUUG